CCAUAAUUGUACAUGGAAACUUUUUAUAUCAAGGAAAUGUCUCCUAUUUGGACACUUCUCUGUUGAUAUCCGAGCUAUCUCCGACCAUUACAGAAAUGUCAUUGCGUUACGGCGCUGUGGAAUGUUACAAGAACUUGGAUUGCAACGCAGUAGAAAUAUGUUCUUUAGAGACAGGAACAGUUUUACGACUUAGUUCAAAAAUUUCCACAUCGAUGCAAAACGGAAAUAAAACAUGUUUACGUUAUGAAUUGGAGCAUGCAUGCGGAUGGGGAUCCUACUUUAAUCGACUGAAUCGAGAAUGCGAAUGUGUUAUAGACUGUGACUGUGGAUCUAUCACGCCCUCUAUUGGAGAAAGUUUGCCUCAGACAGUAGUAUUAGGCGGCCAACAAUUUUCUACCCACUGUAUGAACACAGCCGGUCACAUUUGGACGAUGAUUCAGAGGAGAGUUAAUGGUUCUGUCAAUUUCUUCAGAGGAUGGACAGAAUACAAGACUGGAUUCGGGGACCUAGAUUCUGAAUUUUGGAUCGGACUUGACAACAUCCGACUGUUGGUGACCAAUGGCUAUACAGUUCUACGUGUGGAAUUGGAAUAUGGUACAGAAUCUAAGUAUGCGGAGUACAGUAGAUUCUCUAUAGCGGGGGAGGGGGACAAUUAUCGACUCCAGAUCUUAGGAUACAGUGGAACAGCAGGAGACGGUUUUUCCUGUGUACACCAGUAUUGCCACAACGGGGCUCAGUUUUCCACAUUUGAUAAAGAUAACGACCUUAACCCAUCACUAAAUGAAGCCGAUAAGUGGCGGGGGGCUUGGUGGUACAGCACAGGACAUACGUCAAACCUCAAUGGCGAAUACGGCAAUAACAAUCAUGGAAAGGGGUUAAACUGGUACCCUUAUAAAGGAUGGUCGGUAUCUAUGUCUAAAACUCGAAUGAUGCUUCGACAAGCCUGAAG